UAUAAAGCCCUCAACCCUCAUCCCAUCACAUUGGUCGCCGCUCACAGCAACAAGUUCAAAGAGGGAGGCAACGUGGGAGAGAGUUCUUCCGUGGGGACAAAAACCGAGCGUUUCCACGCUGCUCUACGCUGUUUAGUUUGUUCAAGUCUCUGGGUUGGUUUAAUUGCGGCAACGGUCCUCAUCAGUGUUGGUGUCUGGAACAAGUGCAGGAAUUGUCUGACAAUCGGGGUGAUUUUGUGCAUCGUGUGCGUUGGAGUGAUCAUUCAUAACUGCCUUCGGCGGAGCGACACCACGCCGACGCUUCCCGUUUUCGCUGGAGAAGGCAGUCAACUCUCUCUAGGUUGUGAGGACGUGGAGGAGAUGCUGUCGAAACAGGAUUCCCUAAAUGGAAGUGAAUGUCAAUUGACAAACACGGCAGCAACAAGUCAUGAAUUGGGAGAACAGAGUAGAGGAGUUAUUGGAUGUGAUGCACAACAGCACAGUGCCCCUGUUGCAACGUCCAGUCGUUGUGACAUUGAAGUCGGGAACGGACAUUUGAUUCGUCCCGGCACCCGGUGUGAGUCUGCCCUCCGGAGCCUCACUCGAGCCGUCGUCGGCACGCUGACCCGUGCCGGCCGAAGCGGCGCGGUGCUGGCCAGUGGCGAGUUUCACCACGCCCCGCGCAACCCCUGGAACUCCAACUUCGAGGGUCACAUCGGUUGGCAGUCGGCGCGCGCUCGACCCGACCUCUUCUACACCACGCCUUUGCACAGAUAA